UUAAUAUUAGUAUUAAAUUUUUAAGUAUAUUGAACAAAAGUAUAGUUUCGAUGGUAGCAGAAUAUCACGAUAAAUAAAUAAUCAUCAAGAUCGCGAGUUGUGGUAUUUCAGGAACAAUCGCUCACGGCACGACCUGGUACGACAAGAAUGAGCUGGCAUAAUUCGUUGUGCUCAUUAUUUGAAAGUAUAGCAAUAAAGAUAACUGGAAGAAACUGUGUAUACCAAAGAAAGAACAAGAUAGUAACGGAAGUUAAUUUCUAAAACCACAAACACAAAAAGCAAACAUCAUAGAUCAUACAAAAUUUAAGUAUUGCUGCGGUGCAGAAGGGCUCUAUGUGCUCCACAUCGGCUUUAACGAAUGGUACUUUAGUUUUCAAGAAUAUUGUAACACGGCAUCACAGAAGGAUUUCAUUUGCAAAUUAUAAACUUGGUAUACGACAGAGACAACAUGCGCAACGAGAUCACUGCAGCAGUACUAUUCUUAGUACAGCUGAUAGAAAAAAACGAAAAAUUUAGUCCUGAUCAAUUGGAGUGCUUUAAACGACGUUUGGUAGAAUUGUUAACUGAACGUUUUAAAAAUCAUUGGUUUCCUGACAAGCCAUUCAAAGGUCAAGGUUAUCGUUGUAUUCGUGUAAAUGGUCAUAAUCGGAGGGAUGCAACUUUGGAGAGUGCUGCCAAUGCUGCUGGAGUCAAGUAUGAAGACCUUUCGUUACCUGUAGAAUUAACGCUUUGGGUUGAUCCCAAUGAAGUUUGUUGUCGAUUUGGAGAAAGCAAGGGAUCAUAUUGUACAUUGGCAUCAUUUGAUGAUAAAGAAAACACUGUACCAAUUUUUCAAGGAAGCAAUGAUGAAAAAGAAAAUAAACAAUCUGAGGGGCCGACUAAGAUACAGAAAUCCCCUUUGACCGCUAACACAGAACAGCACCAAAAAUCAAAACCACUAAGCUCUGCUAAUCAAAAUCAACAGCAUAGCAAUACCGGUACAGGUAGGAAACGUAAUUUGAACAGUCCGAGGCUACAUCUAAAUAGAAAUCGUUCCUGGUUUGGUCACUCCUUCAGUAUGGGUUAUGGUCCACAUCCAAUAAGUCAGCCAUGGUAUAAUAUCAUGCCCCCUCAUUUUUUGGGUGGUCCAUCUCCACCUCCAUUUAUGGGUCACAGAGGAAAUAAGUGGAUUCAUCCUCCCUCUUAUCCUACAGGACCUGCCCGUUUCCAUCAUUGGUCUCCCAAAGCUGCUCUUAAAGUGUAAACAGUCCCUUCUUAUGAAAGUAGUUAAAAAACCUGUUCCUUUCUAUAAAAAAAGAAAUUGUAAAAUUGUUUUGCUAAUAAGAAAUAUUAUAUUUCAAUUUAAAGAUACAUGACACUUAUACUAAUGCCAAGAAAUAUUAUUAUUAUUAUAACUCUCAUUAUUUACGUUAUAUCUUUAACAAAGUUGAAUAUGAUCAUUAUAUUAGGAACAGGUUUAUUAACGUUUCAGUGACGAAAAUUAUUCAUUCUGUAAUUACAAAUGACCUUGUUCGAAUUACGACUAAGGCUUACGAUUUUUUAUGACGAAGAACUGUUGCAUUAUUACAUGUUAUAUAUAAAUAAUUAAUUGGAUGAUAGAUGUUUAAUUCCGGAUGCAAGGUUGCUUGUAAAAUAUUAGAUUAGUGAGAAUUUAAUUAGAAUGAAUUAAGUCAUUGAUGUGUAAGGCAUACAAAAUGAAUGUCAUAUCACUUGUGACACUUUCUUUAAUUAAUCCUCAAGAAAAGGAUUUAGUAAAAGAUAAAUCAUAGAUAUUUCAAGAGGGAGCAGUAUUGAUUUUAAGCAGGUUUAAAAGAUUGGAUACAAUUCCUCAAUAAAUUGUAUGUAAUAAAUUUUAAUGCCUUGUAUAGGCGAUUUCAAUUUAUUAAUAAAUAUUGCAUAUAUCAAAUUCUGUCAUGUAGUAUGAAAAGAAAAAGUUUCAAAGGACUUUUUCUUUGACGUGUAUAUAUAUAGUACAUUUAUGCUGACUUGAGCUUCAAAGUUUACUCUAGUAUUCAAUAUUGUUUUAGCGCAAACGUAAAGAAAUAAAGAAUUUAUACAUAUGUAUAAUCUAUCCACAUUGUUGAGAUGUGCCCUAUAACAGUAUCGAUAAACCACGUGAACUUUGAAAUUCUGGUAACAUAAUUUGAAGAUAAUAUUUGACAAGUUUAAAUCAAUAACUUUAUUGUUUAUUGUGUAUAUUAUAUUACGUUAAUGAAUAGAGAAAUGAUAUCUCACUUAAUUCACAAGCUUGUGGUGUAAAAAAAUUUAUGCUAUGUUUGCUUCAAAAAGCAUACCUUACUUUUUACGUAAACAUACUGCCUCCGAGAUUCUAUUAAUAAUCAGUUAUAUUAGAAGAUUAUUAACAAACGCAUGAAUUUCAGGAUUAAUGUGUGGUUACAAAUUUUUUAUUUCAAUUAUGCUCAAAGUGAGGAAAGAAAUUGAGCUUAUGAUUUUAAG